AUAUGAAUUUGAGCAAACUCUAGGAGAUAGUGAAGGAGAGGGGAGCCUGGCGUGGGAGCGAUUGAACAAUUCACAUGCUAACUGUUCACCAUAAGAGUCUUAAUGGUGUAUUUAAUAAUUUCAAAUUGUUUAAAUUUCAAGUCAUAGAAUUUAUUCUAAUGAUAGUGAAAACCAUGUUUCAGGAUAUUACUGUGGUAUUCAAUACAUUACCUUUUGCACUGAAAAUUUAAAAACAUUGUCCUCACAGUUUUUACCUUUAAGAGAAGUAAUAUUCACUUUGAAGCAGCCCUGUUUUUCUAUUUUGGGCAUAACCGCUCAAUACUAUCCCCUUAUCUUUUAGUUUAUGGCGGGAACUACAAUGAGAGCCCAGAAAUCAAUCUUGAGUGAUAGGACAUUGUUAAAGGUACAAAGAGUGUUUCAAACAUAGGAAUAAUCUAAAUAUUAUAGACAACUUGGAAUGGAAGACCCUUCUUUCAAAGAAACUUAGCUUUGAGGGGAAGAGAUACUAAUAAAACUAAAAUGACAUUGAAGGAAAUUCCUCAAGAAAGUUAAUCUGCAUACUGUGAUAAACGAAUUGUGGUUAAGGAUGAAGUGGCAAUUUGAGAUAUGGUUUGAGGAUGUAAAUUUUCAAAAUAUUAGAAAAGGCCUGAUGUUAAAACAGCAAGAUAGAGCUUUAAUCUCAAGAAUAUUAAAGCCUGGAAAUUUUGAUUAAAAGUGAAAUCAAGGCAUAAUUCCAAAAGCUACUAGAUUACUUGGAAAAAUUUACAAUCUAGGCCUUGAAACUGGUACUGAAAUAGACACUGCCAGAUUGUUGGUCUAGUUUCAAGAACCAUAGAGCUAAACAUGAAAGAUUUCUUUAGGAACACAUUUAAUGCCUAGAAAUACAGGGUGCAUUAGGGGUUAGCAAGGUGAAGAAAGAUGAAGCAGAGCAGUUAACUAUGAGCAGGUAAAUUACCAGAAUUAUAAUUAUUAGAAUAAGACAGGAAUUAGAACCAGUUAGUGGUGGACAUUGACUGGAAAUUAAAAGGAAGCAUGGAUCUGAAAAAUGGGGUAGCAGACAAACAGUACUGCAGGAGUACCCAGAGCUAAUACUGUGAGGACCAACAGGAGGUGGUGUGCUCGCCUACUUGGUGUGUCAUCAGCAUGGCUGACCUCACCUCAGAGAUCUGGGUCUAAAGCACCAUCACCUGACAUUAUGCCUUAAGAGGCCAGGUAGAUCACACAAGAGGGGAGUGGGUUGAGAUUUCUGUGCUAUGAAAAAAGCCAACACUUGGUCUCAGUGUGGGGAAACCACAGGAACUGAAUCUGAUGAGGUAGGAGGAAAACCUGGAUAGUGUCUUGUCACUGAGGUAAUGCCAACAUUAUGUUAAAUGUUGCUGAGGCUGUCAACAAAAUGCGGACAGAAAAAUGAUCACUGAAUUUAACAACUACCAAUUAAUAACUACUUCAGUCAAUAAAUGUUCUUCUAUAAUAUCAAUUCGAAUGGCUGCUUAGAAUCCCAGUGUAUGGCUCUACCCAAAUCUGCUCAACCAGUCCCACUGUUGAAUUCUUAGAUUCUUCCCAAACCUUUAGAAUCAUAAUAGUGCCUUGAGCAUGUUUUUAGAAUUGGAAUUUCUGCAUUAAAAAAAGGAUGCACAUUCUAAAGGCUUUUGACAUAGAUACCAAACUACUUUCUAGAAAAAUUUUAAUAUAAAUUCUACCACCCCAAGGAAAUAGAGUAAUUUUUUUUAAAGAAAGCCUUUUCCAUUUUUAUAGGUGAUAUGUGGUAUCUUAUAUUUGCAUUUUUAUUAUUAACAAAGUAAUGUUUGCUGAUGAUUGGUUAUUUAUGAAUAACCUGCACAUAACUCUCACACCAAGUGAGAGUUGUAAAUAGGGUAAAUUGGUGAAAUAUCUAGACGAGUGAAAUGUUGAUUUAGCGAAGUGAAUAAAGCAGAAAAACUUACGAUAGAAUCACAGUUUGUGACUGCUGGGUGGUGCAUUAGCUGUGUGACUUUGGUGAGGUAACUUUUCAGGUCUCAUCUCAUCUGUGAAUUGAGGAUCAGGUCUACCUUGAAGGGUUCUGAACAACGAAUAACGUACAUAAUGCUGGAAAUUACAAUUAUUAAGAUGCUUAUUCUGCAGAGGUAACUGCACACGGCACAGGAAUCUAAAGAACGUAGGAUGUUGGUCUGAAGAAACUAAGGCUAUUUCUGUCAUUUCCAUCAUCCCUGUUCCUGCCGCUCCUCCUGGGUGUUGGUGGUGUCACUAUGGCAACGAGCACGCGCCGCACAGGCUCAGUUCUGAAGCGGUUACAGACCUCCGCCGCCUCUCUCUCCGCAGACUAGCGAUUUCACCGCUCGUCCCACCCACUAGGUCUCAGAUCCAUCUCCCUUGGCCUCCGCGCAAGGAGCCGAAGGGCAGCAUGGCCAAGGCGGCAGCCUCUUCGCCGUUAGAAAACUUGGAUCUGAGUGGAGAGGAGGUCCAGCGGCUCACCUCCGCCUUCCAGGACCCGGAGUUCCGGCGACUGUUCUCCGAGUACGCCGAGGAGCUCACAGACCCUGAGAACCGGCGGCGCUACGAGGAGGAGAUCACGGCGCUGGAGCGUGAGCGCGGAGUGGAGGUGCGGUUCGUGCACCCGCAGCCGGGCCACGUAUUGCGCACCAGCCUGGACGGGACCCGGCGCUGCUUCGUGAACGUGUGCAGCAACACGCUGGUGGGCGCGCCCAGCAGCCAGCCGGGCUCUGGGGGCGCGGUGUCCGGCAGCCAGUGGUCCCUGCCCUACAGCCUGGCCCCCGGCCGCGAGUACGCUGGGGGGCGCGGCACCCGCUACACUGUCUACGACGUGGUCUUCCACCCAGACGCGAUCGCGCUGGCCCGGCGCCACGAGCGCUUCCGCCAGAUGCUGGACGCCACGGCCCUGGAGGCCGUGGAGAAGCAGUUCGGCGUGAAGUUGGACCGGAGGAACGCCAAGACCCUGAAGAUCAAGUACAAGGGGACCCCGGAUGCCGCCGUGCUGCGCACGCCCCUGCCCGGAGGCGCGCCGGCCCGGCCCGAAGUGGAGCCGGAGAGCUGUUUCCCCGAUUUCCCCUACCCCUACCGAUACCCGGCGGCCGGCGUGAGCGCUGCGGUCCCCCGGCCCCAGGAGCCCUCCCCUCCGGAGGCUGUCCGGCAGCCCGCCCCCACCGAGCCUCGAUACAGCGUGGUGCAGCGCCACCACGUGGACCUCCAAGAUUACCGCUGCUCCCGGGACUCGGUGCCCGGCACCGUGCCCCAAGAGCUGGUGGUUACCAUCGAGUUGCCGUUGCUGCGAUCUGCCGAGCAGGCGGCGCUGGAGGUGACGGGGAAGCUGCUAUGCCUUGACUCAAGGAAGCCCGACUACCAUUUGCGACUCUCGCUCCCGUACCCAGUGGAUGACAGCCGCGGCAAGGCACAGUUCAACAAGGCCCGGCGGCAGCUGGUGGUCACGCUUCCCGUGGCGCCGACCGCCUCGCGCCCGGAGCCCGCCGCGUCCCCGGAAGAGGCAGCCGACCCGCCAGGAACUGACGGCGCGGCCUGCGCUUCCGCUCGCCGGGGGGAGGCGGGCCCGGCGGGGGUUUGUGCUGGAGACGCAAGCUCAGGUCCCAGCCGAACCCGGGCUGCAGACGCCGGGGUCACCACACUGGACGCUGCCGGGAAGGAGCGCGUCGCAGAAUCCGAGGAGCGGGAUUUCGGCGGGCAAGAGAUACCAACCACGGGGACCGGGGAGGAGCCGCCUCCCGGCGCCGGGAACUCACCUGGGGACCGUGGCGGAGGCGCCCUUAGUACUUCCUGCGGGGUCCUUGACGCGGGGCUUUCUGUAGGGAGCCCGAGCGUGCGCCCGACCCUCGGCGUGGAGGCGCGCGAGACCCGGGAAGGCACCGGCAGGGAGCCGGCUUGUCGAGCGAUGGGUGGUCCCGGGACCGACCGCGGGGAAGCUUUGUGUCCGCCUUUGCAGUGUAGUCAGGAUGAAGAAUCUCUGACUCUGCUCAUUCAAGUGCCUUGGAUCCUGCCUCAAAGUCUUCAAGGGGAAGUGAACUCCCUCUGGUACAAACUAUCUUUCUCUACCCAAGACUUAGUUUAUUAUUCCUUCUUUUUGCAAUUUACUCCAGAGAAUAAAUUGAGUACCAAGGAACCAGUGGUUAGCAUUUCUUCCAACAAUGCAGUGAUAGACCUGGCCAAAUCUCCAGAAUGCCAUGGAUACUGGAGAGAGUGGUAUUACGGUUUAAACAACUGUUGUUUGGAGGAAAGGUUAUUUGUCAGUGAAGACAAUGUUAAUGAGUUUCUUGAAGAGGUCCUGAGCCCUCCAUUCAAACAGACAUUACCCGUGACUCCACCAUUAAUUGAAGUUCUUCAGGUUACUGAUAGUAAGAUUGAAAUACAUGCAAAGUUGCAAGAAUGCAGUAACUCUGAGCAGCUUCAUGAAAAAGAAGAAAGAGUCCAUGAAGGAAGUCCUCUAACAGAAAAAGAAAAUAUAGAACAUGCUACCACUUCAACAACUGAUUCUGAUUCAUCUGUAGCAGUCACAGUACUAGAAGCAGACAGUUGUUCAGUUACAUGCUUGCAGCAAGGGGCUCUUGAUGUUUCUCAAAAGCUGUUUGCAAAGUCUCAGCAACCUAAGUCAGAAAAGGAACGUGAAUCUAUAAGAGACAAAAGUGCUGUUUAUGCAAAUGAAAGAAAAGAUAACUUAAAAGAACCAGUAAUAACUGAAGAGAAAGAAUUGGAUGGAAAUCACCCAUCUUUGUUACUGAACAAAACUGCAGUUCACAAUACACCUGGUUUUGACCACAUAAAGGAAACCAAUAUGCAGGAUGGUAGUGUGCAGAUCUUUAAAGAUCAUGUGACUCACUGCUCAUUCAGUUUUCAGAAUUCUUUGCUUUAUGACUUGGAUUAAUUCUGUAUCAUUUUUUAGAGGCUGAGUAAAAACUUUUGGACAUGAAACAGAUUGUUUACUAUCUUAAAACCAAAAGUAUUCAAAAAAGUAUAAAAUUAAAAUUUGUAUUUUUAUUCUUAUGGGGAAACUGAAGGUAUAUUUUGUGUGUGUACACAGUUUAUGUCAAUACAAAGCUUCCUUAAUUAUGGAAGUAAGUUUUGUGAUUCCUCUGUUGUAUGUUUUUUCUAAUGGAGAGUUAAAUGUUUAGUGUCAAUACAACCUGUUUAUAGUCUUAUUUUUGGCUUUUGUUUGCUAUUACUUUAAUAAAGUUUCAAAAUAUAGUGUCACAAAAAGUAAUUCUCAAGAAUGUAAUGAACUAAAAGCACACACAAUAGAGUGUGUGUGUUGGGGGAAGGAGAAUCUCAAAACUAUGUGUUUAUAAGUCUCACUAAAUAGGAUUUAUUCAGUAUUUAUGCUUGUCAUAGAGAUUCUGAAAGAACUUUAUUAGCCAAUGUUAAAUAAUCCAAACAAUACAAAUGCACUGAAAUUUAGCAUUUUUGCUUCAACUCUGUAUCUUAUUCUUCUCAUAUGUAAGUCACCAUAUAAAUGUGUGGGUAUAUACAUAUAUAUAAAUAAAGGUUAUUAAUGACUUUGAAAACUCAAAAUUUAAAAUAAUUUUUUGGAAAUUAGUAAAACAUUCCUUGGUUUUAUAAAAUUAGUUUACAAGUUUUAGAACAAGACAAUUUAAGAAAAUCUGAGAAUUUACUCCAGUAGGAAAAUUGUCUUCCUUAUAGUAUUACAUGAGGACAACAACAAAAGCGAGUGUUUUCUAAUCAGUUUCUUUUAUAAUACCUAAAAGAGGGCAGCAGAUGUUUUUAAUAGUUGCUAAAUUAUGAGUUGUGGAAUAUUUUAUAUAAGGCCAGAAGAAAAUUGCAAUACUUUUUUUCUCUCACAAAAAGUUUUAGGACAACACGAAAGAAAGUAUAGAAAGGAAAAUAUUUGUUGAUCCAAUUGCUGAUCCCAAGACCAUGAGCUGAUGAUGUAUUUCUGUUCCAAAGUCAGCUACUAACUCAAACCUCUGGCCUUACCUUAGUCCAGGAAACUGCCUAAUUUCUUUAGUCUUUUUGAACUAGGGAGGUCAGGUCAGAGCACCAAAAACCGAACAACCCCUGGCAGUUCAUCCUGAUAUACACUUUAUCUCCAAUAAAACCUGGACCCAACUGGGCUGCAGGCAGUAUAAAGGAACUCAUAAAACAGAACUAUUUGCGCCAUUAUAGAUGACCACAUACAUUUUUCAACCAUGACAGGAAUUAUUUGAUUCAGUAAUAAUUUUGUGACUGUCCAUUAGGGUACACAGUCUUUAGGCUGAAAUGACUAUUUGCAGUAUCAACACAGAAAUUAGUCUAUGAGUAUACUUUUGGUUGAAUGCAAUUAUGUAUGUUAAGGGAAACAUGUUAAAUAUGGAAUAAAUUUUAAGCCUGUUUCUUGUUUUAAAAAGUGCGAUUUCUGGUAUAAUAAAGCUGGCUCUAGAACAUGUU